AUGUCUAACGAUAAUGCUAAAAUUAAUGGGAAUAAAGACAAGCGUUUUGAACGAGUCAUCUUGAAUGUUGGUGGAAUAAAGUAUGAAACAUAUAGAAAUACAUUGACAGCAUUUCCGGAGACAUUACUCGGAACAAUGUUUCAGGAGAGAAAUCAACAAAUACUUCAUCCUAUUGACGUAGAAAAUAAUGAAUACUUUUUCGAUAGAAAUGGACGAGCAUUUCACUACAUAAUGGAAUUUUAUAGAACAGGAAAACCAAUAUGGGAAGAUAUUUUUGACCGUAAAAAUACCCACACUACUAAUUACAAUAAUUGUAUCCACGACUACGUUUCCGAAAAAGAACUCUUGAUUGAACUCGAUUACUUUCAAAUCCCAAUACGCACCCAAAUUCAUACGCCACCAACUCUCGACGACGCCGUGAAGGUUCUCGAAGAAUUUACGGAAAUGAUGAAAUACCUCAUUUACGAAGUACAAAAAUUAUUCCGAUCUCAACUUAUAGUGCAUUUACCAUUAUUCGAAUUCAAUUAUUUGUCGGUACGUCCGGAUAUCACCUCUCUUCAGUCGCUGAUUGCACCAUUUAGAUAUAAUGGGUCGGCGAUAACACAUCGAUACGGACCGAUAAUACAAAAUAAUUUGAUUGAGGAAUUUCCAGGAUUGAAUUGUACUAUUGCUCAUGAAAAUAUAGGGACGAGUAAUAAUGAAGUUUGGGUUUACUCAUGGAGGAUAUCUGCACCACUUGCUUUUCCGCAAAAUGAGGUUAUUGAAAAAAGUGUGUUGAAAAAUUCGGGUAUUGAUUUAAUUUAG